AUGAGAAGCUUACCAAUGCUCUGUCAAUUUGUCUCUGUCCUUUUAUUUUUAACCACUUCAUUCUCUUUACCUUCUUCGGCAACACAACUAUGCUCUCACAAUGAGGCGGCUGCCUUAAUCCAAUUCAAGAGCUCUCUUGCUAUUGACGAAACAAGGGCUCUUGGGGUAUGCAAAUAUCCCAAGUCAGUUUCAUGGAAGGAAGGUACAGAUUGCUGCUCAUGGGAUGGGAUCACUUGUGACAACAAAACAGGUCAAGUGAUUGGUCUUGACCUGAGUUGCGGUUGGCUAUAUGGAACCAUCCUUUCCAAUGCUAGUCUCUUCCAUCUUCCACAUUUGCAGAAGCUCAACCUAGCUGAUAAUGAUUUUAAUGGGUCGGAGAUUUCUGCUAAUUUUGGUCGGUUUGAAAGUCUAGUGUAUCUCAACCUCUCUAAUUCUUUCUUUUCAGGGCGAGUCCCGUCUCAAAUCUCCAACUUGUCAAAGUUGGUUUCACUUGAUUUGUCUUGGAAUUAUUUCCAAAUUCAUGACAAACAUACUUUGGAAGGACUUGUUCACAACCUACCAGAGGUGAAAGAACUUUUUCUUGAUUUGGUCAACAUUUCUUUUGUAAAUCCUAAUUCCUUCAUGAAUCUAUCCUCUUCCUUAAUGUCUCUCAGUCUCUCUUAUUGUGAUUUGCGAGGCAAAUUUCCAGAAAAGGUUUUUCACCUACCAAACCUUAAGCUGCUCGAUUUAGGAAUGAACAUAAACCUCACUUUCUAUCUUUCAAAGACCAAUUGGAGCAGCCAUCUUGAGGUUUUGAAUCUAAGGGAUAUGUUCCUCUCGCAAGAAUUUCUUGAUUCAAUGGCCAAUCUAGUUUCCUUGAAGCAUUUGGAUCUAUCAGGAACAUCGUCCUCAAGAGGAUUGCCCGAAUCCAUUGGGAAUCUAGUUUCCUUGGAGAGUUUGGAUAUAGUCUGGUCUUCAUUUUCAGCAGGAUUGCCUGACUCAAUCGGGAAUCUAGUUUCUUUGAAGCGAUUGGAUCUAUCAUUGUCUUCAUUUUCAGGAGGAUUGCCUUACUCAAUUGGCAAUCUAGCAUCUUUGGAGUAUUUGGAUUUAUCAUUCUCUUCUUUAUCUGGAAGAUUGCCUAACUCAAUUGGCAAUCUAGUUUCUAUGAAGUAUAUGGAUCUCCGACAGUGCAACUUUUCAGGAUCCAUUCCGAGAUCAUUAAGUAACCUUACACAACUUGUUAACUUGUUUCUCUCAAGCAAUCAUUUUGGUGGUCAGAUUCCAUCCUCAAUCACAAAUCUAAAACAACUGAAAUUCUUGGACAUGCACUAUAAUCAACUAGAGGGCAAAAUUCCUGACAAGGUAACUUCUUUUCCUAAUCUAGUCUAUCUAGACUUGUCUGAUAAUUUUCUCAACGGAACAAUCCCACCAUGGUUGUACACCUUAUCCUCGUUGGAGAUGCUACAUCUUGAAAAUAACCAGUUCACUGGUCCUAUCAAGGAAUUCCAGCAGAAAUCACUAGAAUCCAUAUCUUUUGGAAAUAAUAAGCUUCAAGGUCAUAUUCCAUUCUCAAUUUUCCAACUUGUAAACCUCACUUAUCUUGAUUUAUCGUUGAAUAACUUCAAAUACAAUUUGGGGUUUGACAUGUUCCUAAAACUUCAAAAUCUCAUGUAUCUUGAUCUUUCCUAUAAUAGUCUAUCAUUGAUGUCCAAUACCGGUGUUGAGCAGACAUUGUCUAAACUUCUGGAGCUGCAUAUGACUUCUUGCAAUCUUACGGAAUUUCCCCAAUUUUUAAUAGGCUCAAAAGGUUUGCAAGUUUUAGACAUGUCCAACAAUAGUUUUUAUGGUCACGUCCCGAAAUGGAUGUGGAAUGUAGGGAAGGACUCUUUGAGGUACUUGAAUCUUUCUCACAACUCUUUGACAGAGUUAGAGCAAAUUCCAUGGAAGAAUAUUGAAAUGCUUGAUCUCAGCUCUAAUUUGAUUCAAGGAGAUCUUAAAAUUCCACCUUUGUCAACGAGGGUCUUCCUAAUCUCAAAUAAUAAUCUAAGUGGAGAUAUCUCUUCUUUGAUAUGCAAUCGAACUUCCCUUGAGAUUCUUGACUUGUCUCAUAACAAUCUGAGUGGAACCAUCCCACAAUGUUUUGGAAAUUUAAGCAGAAGUCUUUGGAUGUUGAAUUUGCGCAUGAACAACGUUUCUGGAACCGUUCCUUCAUUUUCCAAAGAAUGUACCUUUAGCAAUCUCAACUUGAAUGGUAACCAAUUAGAGGGGCCAUUAACACAAUCUAUCAUUAAUUGCAGAAGUCUAGAAGUUCUAGAUCUUGGUAACAACAAGAUCAAUGAAACAUUCCCUCACUGGUUGGGAACUCUUCCGCAUCUACAAGUUCUUGUAUUGCAGUCAAAUCUAUUGCAUGGUCACAUUCAUGGUACAAAGCGCAGACAUUCUUUUCCUAAGUUGCGAAUUUUUGCCCUCGCCAACAAUAAUUUUACUGGGCCGUUGCCAGUUAGGUACAUAGAAGAUUUCAAGGCUAUGAAUCUCAAAGAAGACAAAGGUGCUAUGCCAUAUCUUGGAGUGCUUGAUGGGGGUCAAUUCUAUAGCUAUUCUGUUCGUAUGGUAGUAAAAGGUCUUGAGACUGAAAUGAUCAAAAUUUUUGCUGCCUUUACGAUCAUCGACCUAUCAAAUAACAGGUUUCAAGGAGAGAUUCCGAAGGCCAUCGGAAACCUUAGUUCACUGAUUGGACUUAACCUUUCUCAUAAUAGACUUAAUGGUCCUAUCCCGUCAUCAUUUGGGAAUUUGAUCAAUCUUGAAUGGUUAGAUCUCUCCUGGAAUGAGCUGGACGGAAAGAUUCCUGAGCAAUUAGUAGAUGUGACAUGGCUUUCUGUCUUAAACCUUUCCAAUAAUGAUUUUUUUGGGCGCAUUCCUCGAGGCAAUCAAUUCAACACGUUUGAGAACACUUCAUAUGAAGGGAAUGACAGGUUAUGUGGCUUCCCACUCUCUAGAGAUUGCAGCAAUGAUACCGAAGCACAACACCCACCACCUUCAAACUUACGGGAUGAAGAUGACUCGAAGUCUAAAAUUACAUUUGGCUGGAGAGUUGUGGUGGUAGGUUAUGCGUGUGGAUUAAUAUCUGGACUGGCUAAGGGAUUUGUCGUUUUUCAAACUGGUAAGCCACAUUGGAUUGUCUCGUUGGUUGAAGGCAAACAUCAUCAAUGGCCAAAAAAGUCAAAGAAGAACGCUCGCAAAUUAAUGGUUGGACGAUCUGCUCGUCAUUGA